AUGAGGAAGUUGAUGUGGGUUUUCAGAAAAUUGAAACAGGUAGCAGAUGUUAAGAUCUUAACAACGACCUAUAAAGCUUUGGCCCAAUCUAUUCUUAGUUACUGCAAUCCAGUCUGGGGUGGAGCAGCUAAAACCCACUUGCUGACGUUGGAAAGAGGACAACGUGUCCUCCUUAAAGCUACCUUUAACAAACCUUCCCGGGCAAUCGAAGUGUGGCUGAAGACGGGGCGCCGCCACAGCGAUGUUCUAGACGAGCAGAAGCUGAGCGAGGGACAACUGAGACGUCCUGGAUCUACCGUCAUACUAUGGCUGACGUGUGAACAGUCGGUCCACGAUGUUCGUCUCAACGCAAGGGUCGACGCCAUGCUGGAACAGGGCCUGAUUGACGAGCUGCUGGACUUCCACGAAAGACACAACAAGCAACGAGUCAGGGACGGGCAACCACCAGACUACACAAAAGGCAUUUUCCAAACACUUGGGUUCAAAGAAUUUCAUGAGUACUUAAUGCUGCCACCUAAUAAAAAAGAUAGCGAUGAAGGCAAAAAACUGUUACAAGAAAGUAUAGAAAAUAUGAAAAUGGCCACAAGGAGAUACGCUCGGAGACAGAACAAAAUGGUGAAAAGCAGAUUCUUAAACCAUGCUACCAGAGAGAUACCUCCAAUUUUUGAGCUUAACACUACAAAUCUAUCACAAUGGGAUAAUGAAGUUAAAGAAAAAGCAAUAAAUAUAGUAAAAAGUUUUAUUACGAAUUCACCAUGCCAAUAUGAACAUUUAAAAUCAAAUGUUAGUGGUGAAAAAAGUAAUUUAAAUGCUCACUCAAGUAACUAUUGUAAGGAUUGCGAAAGGCUCAUCAUUGGAGAUAAGGAAUUUUCAAUUCAUUUAAAUUCUCAUAAACAUAUGAGAGUUUUAAAAGCCAAGAAGCGAUUAGCCAAAAAUGCUGAAAUGAAAAAAAAUGAAGACACUAAGAAAUCUGAAUAAAUAUAUACCAUUAAAAUAA